AUGCUAGUCAAUGUUCUCUGGCUAGGUUAUGUGGAGGCAGGAUGUGGAGGCGGGGAGGCAGAGGGCGGAGAGGCAGCCACGUGCCCCACUCCAAGCAGCCCGUCGUCGGGGACAUCUGCCAUCUCUCUUCCCUCUCACUGUGAGAGUCUGGCCCUCCUCCAGCCCUUUGGCCCGUUCACCACACGUCUGGACAUGUCCGACCGCUCCUCGGAACCAGACUGUGCUGCACCAGUUCUGCUGCCCGGCCCCAGAGGCCCCGAGGGGGAGUCCUCGGCCUGUGUCCCCAGCGACGACCUUCCUCCAGACUCACCCUCAGGUGAGGAGGGAAAGAGAGAGGGAGAAGGGGAGCUCCAGCCCCAGGUCCAACCCCAGCAGACUGAGCUCCAAGCCCAGCCCCAACCUGAACCCCAGCCUCAGCCUAAACCCGAGGGCACGAGUGUGGGCGAAACACAGCAGGAGGUCACCCCCGCAGCCUCCCGCUCACCAAGCGGAGGGGAACUCGAGCAGGAGGAGGGAGAACGAGGAGAUAAGGAGGAGGAGGAGAUAAAGCAGAAAGAGGUGGUGGAUUCGCAGCAGGAGCAGCAACAUGAGGGGAGGCAGCAGUAG